AUGGUUCUAGACUGGUUGCUGCAACCGAAAACUAGCCGUCCUGGGCUAAUUACCGCUUAUCUAGACCAACCUGAUAGUGCGGGACAUUAUCAAGUAGAUGAAAGAGAUAUCAGGGACCAAGUUGCCCAGUUGGACGAUCGCUUGCAGUAUCUCAUCAAACGACUCGACGCUGAAGGACUUCUUCCAUGCAUCAACCUCGUCAUCGUCUCCGAUCACGGUAUGCAGAAGACGAACAAUACUAGCUACUUCUCCGAAGUCCUUCCUGACCCGAAUGUCAUCACAGCGUCUGGAGUCAUCGGAAGAGUGCACAAAUACAAAUCAUGUAAGUGCUAA